GACGUUUUCUCACCCUCGUUCGACCCGUUUCCGCGACACAGAGAGCUCGCCGGUUGCGCACCCAACCUAAUUUUCGCUCCGCAUCACACUUGUCAUAUCAAACUUCACAUUACAACACACAGCCAUCAUGGCCUCCAACGGUAACUUUACCCAACAGGAUCAGUACAAGGAACCUGCCGACCAACAACAAACAGCUCCUACUACCUCGGCUGCCGAUGGCUCUGCUACCGCCGCCGCUUCUGCCACCAACAACCCAUCCAAGGAUGAGGUUGGCUGGUAUUUCGUGGAACAAUUCUACACCACCUUGAGCAAGUCGCCUGAGAAGCUUCACCUCUUCUACGGCAAGCGCUCACAAUUCGUCUACGGUCGUGAAGCUGAGGUUGCCAAAGUCUCUGUUGGCCGACAGGACAUUCAAGAACGCAUCAAGAACCUAGACUUCCACGACUGCAAGGUCAGGAUAUCCAAUGUUGACUCCCAGGCUUCCUUUGAGAACAUCGUCAUUCAAGUCAUUGGCGAGACUUGCAACAACAACAAAGCACCUAAGAAGUUCGUCCAGACCUUUGUCCUCGCCCAGCAACCCUCCGGCUACUUUGUCCUCAAUGAUAUCCUGCGAUAUAUCGAUGACGAGAGCGAUGACGAGUCUGCUGCCGCCUCUGAAGAGCCUGCCGAGGAGCCUGCUGCUCCCGCUACAGAGGAACCUGCUGUCCCUGUCGAGCCCGAGGCUCCCCAGUCUGUCGAGGAAACCAAGGAGGAGGCCCCCGCCCUCGAUCCCGAAGUUGUUGAUCAGAAGCUCGAGGAAGUUUCCACUUCUAAGGACAGUGUAACUCUCAACGGCAGCACACCUGAGGAGGUUGAUGAGGCCAAGGCCCCCGAGACCAAGCCUGAGGUUCCUGCCGAGACCGCUGAUGAGGCUGCCAAGGAGCUUGCCGAGGAAGACGUCAAGGAGCCCGAGAAGCCCAAGGACCCUAGCCCUACACCCGUUUCCAAGCCUAUCGCUGCUCCUCCUGCAGCUCCUGAGAAGCCUGCUGCUCCCCCUAAGCCCAUGACAUGGGCCAGCCGAGCUGCCGCCAACCUUCCCAAGCCCGUUGUUCCUCUCCCCAAGACUACUACUCCUCCCGUGAACCAGAGCCGUGCUCCCGCUCCCGCUGCUGCUCCUGCUGCUACCUCUGCCGCGCCUGCUACUGAGUCCGCUAGUAAGGAUGCGGCUGGAUGGCAGACUGCCGGCAGUGACUCUAAGCGACAGAACCGACCUCAGUCUGUUUCCGGACCUCCUGCCGAUAAGGAAAGCACCACCGCAUACGUUAAGUUCGUGACGGAUAAGGUUCAGGAUGCAGACCUCAGGAACGCUUUGACUGCUUUUGGCGAGUUGAAGAGCCUUGAUAUCAUCCGCCAGAAGGUAUGCUUAUACCCUCUACUAUGACACUAUCGUUGAAGCUAACAUGGCAUAGAACUGUGCGUUCGUUGAGUUCAAGACCCCUGAAGCCUCCAAGGCCGCAGUUGCUGCCAACCCUCACACCAUCAACGGCGAGACCAUCGUGAUCGAGUCCCGUCGCAACAAGCCCGGUGCCAAUAACGCUGGUGGCCGAGGCCCCGUUCCAGGCCGUGGCCGUGGUGGUGCUGAGGGCGGACGAUCUGGCGGCCAGGGCCCUCGAGGCAAC